AUGCCUCUGCAACACUCCACAGGUGGCAUCGCAACGGCCGACUGGCCCCAGGAGACCCUCAGCGACCCGGUCUCGGUGGACAUUCGUGCCACGCCCCUGCUGGACCAUGGGAUGUACACGGGUGUGCGGGUGAUGGACGACGGACGACUCGAGAUCAAGUUCCGCGGCCGAAAAUCUAGCCUCACGAACCUCCUCAGGCAUAUAGAAAAGCCAAUCGAACCAACGCCGGAAGAUGUACGAAAGGCAACCCUUCCCCAGCCCUCCAUCGAGAAAACUGAGCCCUUCCCGCUCCGCCUCAACAUCGUCAUCCAUGUCGUCGGAUCGCGCGGCGACGUACAACCCUUUGUCGCACUCGGUAUGGCCCUGAAAGAACGGGGCCAUCGCGUCCGACUCGCGACUCAUUUAGCUUUUCGCGACUUCGUCCAAGACCACGGUCUCGAAUUCUUCAGCAUUGGCGGCGAUCCCGCCGAGCUCAUGGCGUUCAUGGUGAAGAACCCCGGUCUGCUGCCGGGGAUGAAAACGCUGCGCAGCGGGGCGAUCCGGCGCCGGCGGAGGGAAAUGGCAGCGAUAUUUUCUGGCUGCUGGCGGUCGUGUUUCGAGAUGGGCGAUGGAACGGGACUGCAUCAUAUCCCCGAGGAUCCGUGGAGCGAGGCGGUGGACUACCGGGAGCAGCCGUUCGUGGCAGACGCAAUCAUCGCCAACCCGCCGAGCUUUGCACAUCUCAGCUGCGCGGAGAAAUUGGGCGUGCCACUGUCUCUCAUGUUCACGAUGCCCUGGACGGCCACGCAGGCUUUUCCGCAUCCGCUGGCCAAUGUGCGUCCGACCCGUACGAAGCGAUCCGUCGCGAAUUUCGCCUCGUAUGCGAUUGUCGAGAUGAUGCUCUAUGAGGGGUUGGGAGAUCUGCUGAAUAAAUUCCGCAAGCGAGAGUUGGGGCUCGACCCGUUGGACGCCUUUCGCGCGCCGGGUAUCGUUCAUAGACUUCGCAUUCCCUUCACUUAUCUCUGGUCACCGGCUCUGCUCCCCAAACCAGUCGACUGGCUGAGCAAUGUCGACAUCUGUGGCUUCAGCAUGCUCCCUGCUCCAAGCAGCUACACGCCGCCCGACGACCUGGUCAAGUUCCUACAAGACGGGCCCCCACCCAUCUAUGUCGGGUUCGGCUCCAUCGUCGUCGAUAACCCGACCAAACUGACCAAGAUCGUCUUCGAGGCGAUCGUCAAAACCGGCCAGCGCGCACUCGUCAACAAAGGCUGGGGCAACAUCGGCGCCGGGGAAGCCGAAAUCCCCAAGAACGUAUUCAUGGUCGGCAGCAUUCCGCACGACUGGCUGUUCAAGCGCGUCUCAUGCGUGGUCCAUCACGGCGGAGCAGGAACCACAGCAGCCGGGCUCGCGCUCGGCCGUCCGACAAUCAUCAUCCCAUUCUUCGGCGACCAGCCCUUCUGGGGCUCGAUAGUGUACCGAGCCGGUGCAGGCCCGGCGCCCAUCCCAUAUAAACAGCUGAACGUGGAGAAGCUCGCAGACGCGAUCAACAAGGCGCUCGGGCCGGAGAUGCAGGAGAAAGCGGGCGAGAUCGGCGCGAAGAUGCGACAGGAGAACGGGGUCAAGUGCGCCGUGGCCAGUUUCCACCGGCACCUGGACCUGGAGACGCUGCGAUGCUCGAUCUGUCCGCACCGCCCGGCGGUAUGGUGGGUGCGCCACUCGCACUUCAGGCUGAGCUCAUUUGCAGCGGCUAUACUCGUCGAGGCGGGCUUCCUCAAACCGCGUGAUGUCGUCCUGUACCGGUCGAAAGAAUACGAUACCAACCGCGACCCGGCGGGUCCCCUCACUGCGGGAGCCGCGGUGCUCUACGGCAUCAUGACGGAUUUUGUGGCGGCGCUCACAACUGCGCCGGUGGACCUAGCCGGGGCGAUCUCGCGCCAUCACCAUCACCACAAGAAACAUGGGUGGCGUCAUAGUCACGACGAUGAGCUCACCCGCAACUGUGAGGCACGUAUACGGAAGAAUAUGAAGUCAAUGGACGGCAUUCCCCCGGAAGACCGGGUACGGUCGCAGCUGGGUGCUGUAGCGAGUAUGCGGCGAUCGCAGUCCGACUCACCGAUAUCGAGUCCUUCCGGCGACGCCGAGGAGGAAGUUGACGAGGAUGAGGACCAGGACGUGGACGACGAGGAGGACGAGGAAUUUGAUGGUGAGAGUACGAGUUUUGUGUCUGCUCCCGAUCGCAUAUCCAGGGAUAGCGGGACGGAGCCAAGAAGUCGAAUAUCGGACCAGUCCACGGCCCAAUCGGAAUCUACAGAUACACGAGUCGAGAGCGACGAGGACGGAGGUGAACUGGAUCUCGAGAAGACGAUCAGCCGACGUGCGUCAAGGGAGGCGAAGGGAGGCAUACAUGUGGUGCUGUCCGAGACUGGCUAUCACGGUAAACGGUGGGGCAAGAGACUGCUGAACUGGGCCAUUACGGUCCCUACUGAUGUGACGCUGAGUCUAUCCAAGGGGUUCCACAAUGCCCCAAAGCUGUACCACGACAGGACAGUGCUCAAAACUCCGACGGUGAUGGGCGUGCGGGGUGGGUUUCGAGCCGCUGGAAAGGAAUUCACCCAGGAAUUCUACCAAGGCAUCACCGGACUCGUCAUACAGCCCGCAGAAGGUCUGGAGAGAUCCGGCCCAAUCGGGCUUGUGAAAGGCAUCGGCAAAGGUCUCGGGGGAGUCAUCCUCAAGCCCGCAGCAGGAUUCUGGGGCCUAGCAGGAUAUCCCCUCGACGGCCUCCACAAGAGCCUGCGCAACUCUCUGUCAAAAAGCAAAAUCAAGGAGAUUCUGGCCUCGCGAAUACAGCAGGGGAUCGAUGAGAUGUGCGCCUCUUCGGCUGAUGAACGCGCCAUGGUGGUGCGGCGGUGGAAAGAGCUGCAGGAGACGCAUAGGGUGAGAGCGAAUGGAAGUGAGAAUGAGAAUGGUCAUGCUGAAUGA